AUGGCUGGCUCCGGUCUUCCUUCCGAAGUGCUCGAGGGCCAAUUGGACACAUGGGAGUUACUCCAUGCUAUGUACCCGGCCGCUGACGAUGAGAGCAGCAAUAUUGAGACCGAAGCAGCGGUGCAGGAUCUGAGAUUGUGGCUCGAAGACCCGACGUCCGCUUGUCCGCAUUUGCCAGACACUCUGGGCCUUCUGAUCUCACUUUACGAACCGGAAGAUGGCGCUGGCAGUCUUCAAAUUGACGUGACCUUGCCCUUUGGUCAACUGGCAGAACACCCCGCCUCUGAAGAAGAGAUACCACUUUACAGACUUCGUGUGUUGCAACCUCAAUGGCUGACCAAGGCCGAAGUGGUGCAUUUGAGCCAAGACAUACCAGGAGACGACAUUGUGUCCGCUCUUGAGUAUAUCACCGAGCGAGCCAGAGAGGCGGACUUGAGCAGAGCCUUGCAAGCCUCCACCAUCGCGACAAACCACGACACAACGCCUCUAGUCCGAGUCUGGUUCUACUUCCCCUCAAUAUCUACACGCGAGAAGAGAGAUGACAUCGUCAACUACGCUCCCUCUUACGGCUUGACAGGCUUUCUACUUGCGGGCAAACCUGGCAUUUUAUGUCUUGAGGGAAACGCCCAGAAGAUUGAUUCUUACAUGAACUUUAUCAAGACACAAUCUUGGGGCGACAUCCCACCACAGCACAAGAAAGUCUCCGAACGGCUUCGUGAAACAGGAGACGAUGUUACGAGAGUGUUCCCGGCGAUGGAGGAAAUCACAGAUUCAAUCGAGAAGAGAGGCGCGAGAGGGAAUCGAGGAAAUAUGCAAGCUGUUGAGGCUUUCCUUGACGAACGGGGUUUGAAAGACGCUUUCACGAAGGUUCUGAUGUAAAGCGGCAGCUACGAUGGGCUGAGUAUGUGUGGCUUCGUGGGUGAUUGCAGCGACAUGCACAUCAACGGCCUUCUUCCACUUCCCGACGGUGUCUCAGGAAUCCGAGGGCAUAGUGACCAGGCUGGCUGCAGGCUGGUCACGAGCAGUUUCGGCAAUGAGAGAGCACUCACUUUUAACAGGUUUCCGUGGGCUGAGCACCGUCACGGUCACACAGCAAUCAGCCACGCCAAGCCAUCACACUCAUAUUGGCUCUUCGCCGGCCCAAGCGACCGCAUAUUGGACCAGCUCUCAUUUCUAUGAGUGCCUGGUUCUGGCUUGGUGCCGCGAUUGACGCAAGCCGAGGACUUGGGGAGACUCCCAAGGACUGGAGUGUCAUUGCCGGCUUUCAUGGCACAGCAUGCUCUGCAACCGA